AUGACUACAUCCACGGCUAAACAGCAGGAGAUCUACAACCAGCAGGGUUUUCUCUCAGCCCUGCCUGUAUUGAACGAGACGGAGCUGAGAGAAGCCAGACAUGCAUUUUCUGAGUUGGAGAAGGAAUUUGGUGAAGAGUACACCCAGUACAGCCUCCACAAUGUUCACCUUCAGCAUCCGUGGGUGAUGGGUUUGGCCAAACACCCUCAAAUCAUGCGAGUGGUCAGAGCCAUCCUGGGCCCCGACGUCAUCCUGCUGGACUCCCGCUUCAUCUGCAAAUACCCAGCACUCAAACCAGCCAACAUCCAGGAGAACGAAGAAGGUGAAACCAACCCCGGUGGGAGUAUUGGAGAGAAUGAACUUCCAUACGUGGCCUGGCAUCAGGAUAUGAGGUACUGGGGUAUUGCUGGCGGCCCUGUUCUCUCUGUGUGGCUCGCUUUCGAUGACUCACUGAAAGAGAACGGAGCCCUUCGGGUCAUCCCAGGCAGCCACUGCUCUGGGAUGUUGCCUCAUCGUCAAGCCAUCCGCCCUGGAAACAUGCUGUCAGUCAACCAGGAAAUCCCAGAGGAGCUGGUGCAGGCUGAUGAAGCUGUGUUUUGCCCUCUCUUGGCUGGGCAGAUGUCUAUCCAUGAUGGACUCCUUGUCCAUGCCAGUGAUGCCAACACAUCCCAGAGGAGGCGCUGUGGAUUUGUGAUCCGAUAUGUUCCCACCUGUGCUUACCCCAUACAGGAUCCUGAUCGUCCCAGGAAAUUUCAUGCCACAAUUUUGGCCUGUGGAACCGAUCAGUACAAUCAUUUCUCAGGCAAAAGCACAUGAAUACUUCCUGGGUUCUUCCUACUUGAAAGUUACAGUUACUUUUUCACUUUACAGUGAUAUUUCAUACUUAUAACAAAUGUCUGUUCUAUGUUUAUGAAUGAUAUAAUAUAUCAAAAAAUAACUGCAAAUCUCUAUCGUAUAGCUUGUUGUAUAGUAUUGAAAUGUCUCAACUGUGAAAAAGAAUGAAUUGAUAAAAU